ACAAAAGUGGAUUUGUGUCUUUGUGAGCGGUACGGUGUGAGCUGACGAUAAGAUCAUGAAGUAUUUUUCUAUCAUUGUUUUGGUCACAAUUGGCCUGAAUUUGGUUCAUGGAGAAGAGGAGGGGUCGUCUUCCGAGCGUAACUAUGACACCUCUACGUUUAAAGAAGAAAUAGGCAAAAAGGAUCAUUUUGUCAAGUUUUUUGCCCCGUGGUGUGGGCAUUGCAGGAAGUUAGCUCCAGUCUGGACUCAACUGAGUGAAAAAUACAACACUGCUGAAGACAGCAUUGUAACUAUUGCUAAGGUUGACUGCACAGUCGAGACUUCUCUCUGCUCUGACCAUGGUGUUACUGGAUACCCCACUCUCAAGCUUUACAAGAAAGACAAAGAACCAUUGAAGUAUAAGGGAAAGAGAGAUCUCGCCACAUUGGAGAAAUACAUAGAGGAUGAGCUAAACCCACAGGAACCUGGUGUUCCACAGCCUCCUGAAGCCAAGAAUGGCCUCUAUGAACUCACAGUAGCUACCUUCAAGGAUCAUGUCAGCAAAGGACAUCACUUUAUCAAGUUUUACGCCCCUUGGUGCGGCCACUGCAAGCGACUUGCCCCAACAUGGGAACAACUUGCCCAAGGAUUCCAGCAUAGCGACUUUGUCAAGAUUGCAAAGGUUGAUUGUACAGCACACAGAUCAGUAUGUGAACAGUAUGGUAUCAAGGGUUAUCCAACUCUCAAGUUCUUUAAGGAUGGAGAGGCAGUUGAUUCUUAUAAUGGUGGUCGUGACCAUGUAGCCUUGAAGGAGUAUGUGAGUAAGAUGACCAAGACCCCGAAUCAAGAACGUACAGCACCUCUUCCUGGCUCUGAGGAUGCCAUCAAACCAGUACCUGUCAAAGAGCAACCUCCAGAAGAACAGCGGGCUGUUGAAUCUAAGGUGGCAGUUUUGUCAACAAACAAUUUCCUAACCCAGACAGCAAAAGGAACAUCUUUUGUAAAGUUUUAUGCCCCAUGGUGUCCACACUGCGAGAAGCUAUCACCAAUAUGGGAUCAACUAGCUGAGAAGUUUGACAGCAGAAAAGACGUUACUAUUGCAAAGGUGGAUUGUACAAAGGAGACGGAAAAACCUCUUUGUCAGAAACAUGAUAUCCGAGGAUACCCGACACUUCUUUUAUUCAAAGAUGGUGAAUUUGUUGAGAAACAUUCCGGCACCAGGACCCUAGAUGCACUAGAAAAUUACGUCAGAACCAAACUGCCUAAAGAAGAGCUCUAGGAAAAUUAUCAGGUCCCGGGGUCUGUUUCAUAAAGACUUACAACUAUAUUAACUUUGCAAUUAUGACAAUAACCUUGAUUGUGAUUGGCUGCUGAGCCCUGUUACCAUGGUAGUUGUCAUAGUGGACAAGUUACCAUAUAUUUAAGUCCUUAGAUGAAAUAGGCCUCAGAUCUCUCUGGGUUUUUUUUUAAGUUAACAAUAUUCUAAAGCACUUGGAGAUGAAGUGUCACAAGUGUUUUUGAAUUCAAAUUUAUCACUUAUAUCGUAGUUAUCAUAUUUUUUUUACAGAAUGUCUCCUAAAAUAAACUAAACUCAACAAAAAUUCAGGUCAGGUCCAGUUGGCGUUAGACACACAAAAAAUUAAGUAAAUAAUGGUGCCUUGAUUUCCGACUACUUUUUUGCUGAUGCAGACAUUAAAGGAAGCUGGAGAGAAUUUCACUGAUUUUCCCAUAGGUGCAAUUUCCCCGUCUCAAAUAAUCUUGAACUUGGACGAAUUUAUGCCAACAGUAUUAAAGUUAAAUUUAUUUUUCAUUCAAAUACCAUUAAAUUGAAUGUCAAUUUAUUUGGCAGCAUUAAUAUUCAAAAUAUAAACAGAAUCAUUUACAAUCAAAAGGAUGUACAUAAUAGUGAGUCACCACCACUUAAAAAAAGUAAUUUAUUCUAAUGGAUGAGGCUGUACGGAAACACACUAAGAUAUAUAAUAACAAUGAAAAGGAAUGAACAUACACAGUAAGAAAUAUACAAAAGACUGGAAACUCCAUAUGAUGAGGAAUUCCCAAACCAGAACAUUGAUUUUGCAUUUGUCUUGUAAAGAUAUAGCGUGCAAGUUUAUAAAAGAAUUUGGGCUUUUUUCUAAUUCGCCUAACAAAAUAAUAAAGAAUUCGUUAUCAUCAUAUCAAGUACAAUAUUAUGGAAGUGUCAAAGAUAGAUUAUGUUCGCCUUUAGUUACUCUCACUAGUUUUGUUUGAUUUGAAGACUGAUAUUGCUCUUCCUGUGAAGGGAGCCCUCUAUCCUCAGUGCCUUAUAAGCUACUGUAAGGCUGAUUUUUUUGUUGUACCUCGUUUAUGAAUAAUGUU